AUGGUGGCUGCACAUGCGGGGCUUGUGCGAGAGUCUGGGCAGAAAGAGCUACCCAGCACCUUCGACGCCAAAUCGCGGGCGCUUCUGCCCCAUACUUCCCAGGCAGGUGGUAUGGUAACUCGCCCAGCUACCGCGGAGUGCCUCAAUGGCGAAGAUGCAGCGGACUGGCAUCAAUACCUCCAAGUACUACAGAAGCGCAGGCCGGUGGAAGAUGUCAAGCGCGAAUGGGCUCACGGGUUUAGUGGAGUCCGCGAACUACAGGAAGAUGUGGUUCGUGUCAAAGACCAAAUCCACACAAUGAUGCGUGGGUUCAGAAAGGAAGUGGGAAUUGAAACGCAACCCGUCACGGGUGAAAGACUGGCUAGCAGAUAUCAAGCAAUUGAUCUUUCCUGCCAAACCCAAUGGAAGUAUAAUCCUUAG